AUGUCGAUAGAACAAUUGUCUGUAAUGGUCAAACAACAUCUUAGUCUUCUCACCUGUAACGAGGAUCGACCACAUUUUUUGAAAUGGACAAUCUUUGAAUCUCCUCUCGGAGGUCGCGGUCUUGUUGCCACAGAAGACAUUAAAACUGGAGAAGUUCUAUUCGUCGACCAUCCGCUAGUGUACGGGCCACGUUCCGGGACAAUCAUACAACGCGGAUGUACAGUUUGUAAAAAGAUUGAUAGUGAAAUUUUAUUUAAAUGUACUAGAUGUGCAUUAUUAUUAUGUUCUGAACAGUGUCAAAACAGUGGUGUCCAUUUAAGUGAUUGUAGUGUAAUUUCCUGUUGGCCUAACAAAGUACCUAUUGAGGACGUUGAUGACACACUAUUGUCGCGCGCGCUAACUGCUAUACGCGCGUUGUUAUUACUUGACGACCAAAAACAUCUGUUAAGUUCACUUCAAACACAUGAUUUACCACAACAUGGAAGCGAAAUUAGAGCCUUAAGACAAUAUUUUGAUAUCCCCACAGAAGUAGAAAAAUAUAUGAUUAACGUAGCGUGUAUUCUGGAUGCAAAUGCUUUUCAAAUGGCAACUCCAUAUGGACAGAAAGAAAUGAGUUCGCGUGGGCUUUAUCCUGUUUCGUCAAUAAUGAAUCAUAAUUGUGUAUCAAAUACGAGGUACAGUUUUAACAGUGAAUCUCAUAUGACAAUAAAAGCUGUAAAACCUAUAAAAAGAGGAACGGAAAUAUUUACGUGUUAUUCAGGAAUGUUAUGGGGGACACCUGCCCGGAGACUUCAUCUUAAGAAAACGAAACAUUUUUUGUGCUAUUGUGAACGGUGCGCCGACCCAACUGAGCGCGGUACUCUCUUGGCGGCCCUAAAGUGUUUCUCGACAGAAUGUACAGGCUCACUCUUGCCUAUUGAGCCUUUGAAGAAUAACUCAGCCUGGCGAUGCUUAGAAUGUGGCCUACGAGUUCCUCACAGCAACAUAUGCACUAUUCAAAGUGCUUUAGGAAGUCUCAUAGGUUCUUUAAACUUUGAAAAUAUAUAUGAAUUAGAAAGAUUUUUCUUAAACAGAAUUAACAAAUAUAUUCCAAGAACAAAUCAAAUUGUCGUAGAUCUGCAAUGUCGGCUAAUAUGGGAAUUUGGCGAAGCCGAAGGACUCCGUUGGAAUGAGCUGUCGGAGUCCCGGCUGGCUCUGAAGGAGAGUCUCUGCCGCGGCACGCUGCGCACGGUGGCGGCGCUGGGCGCGGGCGACGCGCACCUGCGCGGCCUGCUGCUCUAUCACCUGCACGCCUCGCUGGCAGAACGCGCCCGCCGCUCGCCAGACCGAUAUGAAGAAUUGAAAUCCGAAAUUGAGAGUACUAUAGAGCAAGCCUACAAUAUACUUCAAGGCGAUUUAUCGGCGCCGCCAGAUCUAGAACUACGAAGACAAUACCUUGGCCCUGGUUGCGAUAAGCCUCAUGAAGAAAAGUUCUUUAUUCUCGAUGCUUCUGAUAGACUUUAUUCA